AGAAUGGUCGCUCUCUGCUUGAUUGCAGCCUGGACCCUGCGCUCGCCGAGGCCUUCGCUGCUACCUGCAGCGUCGCUGCGACCGGCAGCUUCGCUGCUACCUGCAGCGUCGCUGCGACCGAGCAGCGUCGCACAACGAGCGUGGCUGCCGCGGCGCGUGCUCCACUCCAUCACGGAGGGGGCCCCGCCUCCGCCCGGCGAGCGGCGUGUCGGCGUCGCCUUUGUGAUGGGCUACCUCUGGCCGGAGCGAGGCGUGCGGACGGCCCGGCUGCGUGUACUCGCGUCCCUCGCGCUGCUCGUCGUGGCCAAGGUCUUCAUCGUGCGCGUGCCCUUCAUGUUCAAGCGCGCGAUCGACGCCGUCGUCGACGGCGCCGUGCCGCGCUCCACCAGCGUCGGGCUCAUGUUUGCGUACGGCGUCUCACGCGCGGUGUACACCUUCCUCCAAGAGGGGCGCUACCUCCUCUUCACUCCAGUCGGCCAGUCGGCGCUGCGGCGCUUCACCGCAGACGCCUUUGCACACGUGCAGUCGCUCGACGCGAUGUGGCUCGGCGGCCAGUCUACGGGAGAGCUGUCGCGCGUCUUUGCGCGAGGCAUGCGCGGCAUGAACGCUCUGCUGCGACUCGUCGUCUUCAACAUCGGGCCGACGCUGCUCGAGACGGCGCUCGCGCUCUGGCUGCUGGGGAGGAGGUACGGGGGCGCUUUCCUCGCCGUCUCGCUAGCCACGGUCUCGGCCUUUGUCGGCUGGUCUCUCCUCGUCGUGCAGCGGCGGGUGGCUCUGCUCUGCGCCGUCAACGACACGGACAACGUGCUCUUCACCAGGCUCUUCAACGCCCUCCUCUGCAACGAGGCGGUGCGCACCAAUGCCAACGAGGACUUUGAGGUGCGGCGGUACGACGACUCCCUCGCCCUCGCGGAGAGGCUCGCGGUAGCAGACGUCAAGACAGUGGCAGCGCUGAACGUCGGCCAGGCCGUCUGCUUCUGGGGCGGGCUGGGCUGCAUGAUGGUCCUCUGCGCCGGCUGCGUCUCGAGCGGCGCGCUGACAGUCGGCGACGCCGUCGCGAUCAACGGGCUGCUGCUGCAGCUGCAGCAGCCGCUCGCCUCGCUCGGGUUCACGUACCAGGAGAUUCGGCAGGCCACCGCAGACAUGCGGCAGCUCCUCGCGCUGCUGCGCCGGCUGCCGCGCGUGCGCCCUCCCGCGGGCGCACCGCCACUCGCCUCCGCCGGCACCGCCUCGCGGCUGCGCUUCGACGGCGUCUCGUUUGGGUACGACGGAUCUCGCCGUGAUCUCGAGGACGUCAGCUUCGAGGCCGCACCAGGCACCCGCACCGCCGUCGCCGGCCGACGCGGCUGCAUCCCUCUAGCAAAGGACAAGGCGGCACCGGCUCUCUCCGCAGGCACCCGCACCGCCAUCGUCGGCUCGUCUGGCUCGGGGAAGCCCCGCCUUCUGAUGGGCGCUCGAGUGGCCAAGCGAGGCUUGUUGGCUCACCAGGCGCUGCGGCUGCACGACCCCGGACGCGGCCGCGUGACGAUCGACGGCUCGACGCUGCCACAGGGCCUCGCGACGCGCGUGGGUGAGCGCGGGCUAGCAAUCUCUGGAGGCGAGCGGCAGCGCGUCGCGAUCGCGCGCGCACUGCUGACGACGCCGACGGUGGUGCUCUGCGAUGAGCCAACCUCGGCGCUCGACCCGGUGACAGAGGCGUCCGUGCAGGCCGUGCUCGACGAAGCCCUCGCCAACCUCACCGCCGUGCUCGAUGAGGCCUUCGCCAACGUCACCGUGCUCACCGUGGCUCACCGGCUGCGGUCGGUGAUGGACUACGACCAGAUCCUGGUCAUGCAGCAGGGGCGGCUGGUCGAGCGCGGGACGCACGCGGCGCUGCUCUGCGCAAACGGCACCUACGCUCGGCUGUGGCAGCGGCAGGCGGACGGCGGCGGCGAUGGGGCGGACGCGUUUUGGCGCGACGGCAUCCCCGACUACUGCGAGCUCGUCGACUCGGAGUCGAUCGCGCGCUUGGCGAUGGGCGACGUCGAGGACGCUCUCACCCUGCGGGCGCUGGACAGCGUGGACGGGAGGGGGCAGGGCCGCGGCGGGUGGCUCUGGUGAGAGUGCCUGAGAGGGAGAAUAGGCUUAUGUCGACGAACAUUUUAGCCUGGCGCCGAUGAGGAAAGACGAUGUAUGU